AGCUCACCACCACUCAGAGAUAGCACCUCCUCCAUCCCAGCAGCAGGUUCUCAGGAGCCUCCACAGAGCUACCAUGAAGCUCCUUCUUCUUACGCUGGCCUGGGCCAUGUGCACAGGGUCCCCGUUUGUCCUCAACGAUGAGCCAAAUUCCAAGGUGGCCAAGUUAAAGGAGGAGCUGGAAGAGUUCGAGAGAAACAUCACAACUGCAAUGGAGGACGCCUUUGCCUUGGUCUCACGUUCGGAGCUUGGACAAGUGGUGUAUGAGCACCUUUCAGACAGAUAUUCCAAAGCCAGUCAGCUCGUGAAUAGCCUGGUGGAAGAGUUACCCACUGAGGUCUCACAAACCUAUGACAUCAUGGCUGACAUCCCAGCUGGGGUGGCCGAGAAGGCUAUUAAUAUUCUACAUGAAGUAAGGGAAAGGCUGAGGCCUAAGGAGCAGGAACUCACGCAGCUGCUGCAAUCAUUAGAUGAUGAUGAACCAGACAGUCUGGAGAAAGUGUACCAUGACCUACUGGCCACGAAUGCGAAGCUGGACACCAAGAAGCUGAACGAGACGCUGGAGAAGCUCCUGCAAGAGCUGAGCCCUUACGUCAACGAAACUCGGCACCAACUGCAAGAGGAGGAGAAGUUCUUUGAGCCCAUUGCAGGCCAGCUGCGGGAGCACCUCAAAGCCGGGUUGCAGAAGGGCAGCCAGAUCAUGCAGUCUUUGUUUGCUCCCAUUCUGAAGGCAUUCCGAGAACAUAGAAGCGAGUUCAGACAGUGGGUCAAUGCCCCUGUGUUUCCAUCAAAGGAGCAGUGAUUUUCCUGGGAAGCGCUGGGACUUGGAUCCUUGGCCCUUAGAGGCCACCAAGAAGAGUCAUACCACUAUAUGUACCACUGGGCAAGACAGGGUACCUGUGUAGCAUCCACCUUCUCUAGAUCACGUAAUAAAGGAGAUGCCCUCCC